AUCUUUAACAAAUUCUUCUCAUCUAAUCUCAUACCAAAAAUGUGGAGAAAGAUGAAGAUAAUUCCUGUACCCAAGAAAGCAUCUGGUGAUAAGAAUGUAAAAUUUAGACCUAUUGCAAUAACUUCACCCUUCCUCAAAACAAUGGAAAAAUUAUUAAUACUUCCACUUCAGCCUGCGAUAAAAGAGCAUAUUGAUCCAUAUCAGUUUGCUUACAGACACAAAAGAAGCACUUUAGAUGCUGUUACUGUUCUGCAUCACAACAUAGUGUUCAACUUAGAAAAGGGUCAGCAGUAUGUUCGAUGUGCUUUUCUGGACUAUGCUUCAGCUUUUGAUUCUAUACCAAGAUAACGUUUAAUUAACAAGUUAGUCAGCGUCAACACUGACAGCU